AUGGCGGCUUCUCACUGGGGGCUGAUCAUGAACGUGGUGAACAGCAUUGUUGGGGUCAGCGUGCUGACUAUGCCGUUCUGCUUCAAAGAGUGCGGCGUUGCGCUGGGCACUCUGCUCCUCAUGUUGUGCUGUUGGAUGACCCAUCAGUCCUGCAUGUUCCUCGUCAAAUCGGCCAGCGUGACCAAACGCAGGACCUACGCCGGGCUCGCCUUCCACGCCUAUGGAAAAGCUGGGAAAAUGCUGGUGGAGACGAGUAUGAUUGGACUGAUGCUGGGGACUUGCAUCGCCUUCUAUGUUGUCAUCGGAGACCUGGGAUCCUCCUUCUUUGCCCGCUUACUUGGCCUUCAGGUGACCGAGGGUUUCCGUAUCUUCCUCCUCUUCGCCAUCUCUCUGUGCAUCGUUCUCCCACUGAGC